AUCAAUCAAAAUACGUCAUUGAGGUGUCGUUCAGCCCCGUUUGACAGGUAAAAGAUGUCGCAAACCAACAAACAACGGCGACGCUCACAAAUGUGUAUCUUUCGGUCUGUUUCGGGAUUAGUUAGACUUUAAAGUUAUGUUGCUCAGCUCUCAGGGUAGCCUCGCCCCCAACGGCUAGAGCGGACGGACGGAGCCGAGGCCAGUUUGGAUGUAGCCUAGCAGCAGCCCGUGAAGGGAAGCCAUUGUUUAAGUUGUUGGCUAACAUGGCAACGGCAGCUAACGUUAGCUGCCUCGGCUAGAUGGGACUUACUGCUGAGGUCCUCCUUCAUGAUGCUUGUCUAUAGCGGGUGGAGGCAGCAGUCCCUCUCUCCAUCACCUUGGCUCAGCCUUACCUCUCCAUCAACCCUGUAAAGUGCGUCUGUCGUUCUCCCACGAUGACAAACAGGAAAGAGCCUCCUUUCUUUAAUGACGACAGCGUGGGAGCUUUUCAGUAUAAGCUUCCAUUCUACGAUACUAUGGAGCUUUUCAUAGAGACCCUGACGGGAACUUGUUUCGAGCUGCGUGUAUUGCCCUUUGAAGCUGUCCUUUCAGUCAAAGCGAAGAUCCAAAGGCUGGAAGGUAUCCCUGUUGCACAGCAGCAUCUUAUCUGGAACAAUGUUGAGCUGGAUGAUGAUCAUCGUCUACAUGAUUAUGGAAUUGCAGAGGGCUGCACAUUGAAACUUGUUUUAGCCAUGAGGGGAGGACCAAUUAACACCAGGAGGGUAACUCUGGAGGAUCCUGUCAAAGAAGUGGCUGACCUGAUGGAGAGCACAAAGGAAGACGGCUGGGACAAAAAUCAAGCAAAUAAGCAGGUCACGUUUCUUGUGUAUCGUGAGGGCGACCAGCUGAGCUUCUUCCGAUUAGUUGACCGGGGAGACGGGACCCUAACUCCUCUCUCCGAGUCUCUCAGCGGAGGCUCAGUGUUCAAUGUUCACACUGAGGAGGAUGGAGAGAGUCCCGCUGUUGCGCAGCAUUGCCUCGAGAACUCAAUCACCAUGACCAAAAUGAAGCUGCUUAAAGCCAAGAUGGAGGACAUGAAUCUUAACAAAAAGAAGUCUGCAAAAGUAACACCGCUGUCCACUCCUGACACACAACCUGGCACCAGCUUUCUUGGACCUUCCACCACACAGCACCUUCAUCGCCUCUUUCGCACCCUCCCACAGAUCAACCAGCCUUGGCAGACAAAUGCCCCACUACCUCCCAUCGUGGAGCCCAAACCCACAGACCCCUCUCCUCCCCCUACUGCAGCCUCUGCCCAUGUAACCAUCCACAGACGCUCUCCUCCAUCUUUCGCAUCGUCUUCAUGUUACAUGCUUCAGGAGGAGGAACCCUGGGAGACGGGCCCACCGUUUACAAAGAUCCGCCCACCUCCAAAAGUGUCCCGAAUGGACAUUGGCAGCAGAUUGAUGAAAGACUGUGUUUACCCUCAGCUCCCACCACUCUGCGCUAGGGGCGCUCCUGAAUCCCCCUUUGACCCAGUUGAGCCUUCAGUGGAGUCAGUCGGGCUCAGUAUACUGGAGGAGCCAGUUGGUCUUGUUGUCCCGGCACAGUCGGGGACGUCAUUUGGAGAACUAUCAGACCCUCUAAGCUUGGAUAUGUCCAUCCAGCAUGAGGGAGGCCAUCAGACCAUUGAUGUAGGGGCUCAGCACCAGCUGCCACACUCCCCCUCCCCACUCUGUCCCUGGACUCUUGGCCCAAGCGAUGCUCUCACCAGCAGAGCUGACGGAACACAGCUCGGCACAUCGGUUCAUAUCAGCCCUACUUCCACAUUACCUGCUUCCCCUUCACCAUCAACCAGAAUGCUCUCUCAGCCUUUUGACCCAACACUUUGUAUACAGUCCAACCUACAAGCACAAUCCUCAGCAAAGCCGGGCAGCAUAUCCCCACAUCCCCCAGCCUCCUUAUCAACUCAUCCAGCACGCCUCCGUGGUGUCAAAGUAGAGUCCUGUAGUAAACGUCCAGAACUUAUUUCUAAAAGAGAAGCAAGAGGCAUCACUAAGAUGGUAAACCAAGCCUGUAAGGAACCUCUGGGGUCUGUGAGCAACUCUGAGCUCUUUGCAUCCCUCUCAACACAAGCUCCUGACAAUAGCAGCAGACAGAGUCUUGGAGAGAGUCUGGGCUUUUCACUGACGCUACCUACUGCAGCUACUGCCUCAGGACAGAGCAGCCUUAGCUCCAGGCUGCAAUCCAUCCCUACCAACAAGUUUUUUCAGGAAGACCUCUUUAGACCAAUGUCACCACUGCGCCGAGCUGCAGCUUCUUACAGGACCAAUAACUGUCUGGCAUCAGCUGGAGGAGUCAUGAGUUCAUUUGGGACAGUAGGCACUCCAGCGUACCACCUACCUCCAGUUAAGGCCCCCACUGGCACCAAGAAAAAGAACUCAAAGCACUGCUUCCUUUGUGGCAAAAAAACUGGACUAGCCACCAGUUAUGAAUGCAGGUGUGGGCACAAUUUCUGUGCCACUCAUCGUUACGCUGAGACGCACGACUGCUCUUAUGACUACAAGACUGCUGGGCGGCGGUUUCUGCAAGAUACCAACCCUCUUAUUAGUGCUCCCAAGCUGCCUAAGAUCUAAACACCACAACCCCUCACAGGGGACAGAUUGAACAAGGAUGAAUUCAAUGAACCAGGAGGGGAAAAUGUUCUGCAAAAGACAUUUAUAAAAAGGAAAAAACUUACACCACUGUGUGCUUUCUUUAUUUUAUUUUUAAUCUGCCAAGGUUGCUUAAAAUUUUAAUCAUAAAAUGUAUAAUCUAGUGUGGAACACUAGAGUGGACUGAAAUGGCACAGAGCUAAUUAUCACCUUUGGCAAUGUGAAAAUAGUUGUUUUUUGUAUUUCUUAGUUUAUUCCUUUUUCGUCUUAAAAAUAAACUGCAUGUUUGUAGGUAGUAUUCACUCUGUAUCUUUGCUGCACGUUUUUUUUUUUACUUUAUAAUUUUUUUCCCCACAAUAGGACCGCUGUUGACUUUAUUUGACAAGUCUUAAAACAGAUGCACUUUAGAACUAUAUUUCUACAUCUAACUUUACUUCAUAGUGGGGAAAGCUGCAUACAUUUCUGUGCUUUUCUCAUGACGUGUUAACAUCCAGAUUUUUAUAUCCUGUACAUUUAAAUGUCUUUUCUUAACUGGGCACAUAAAUACAUCAAUUAUAUAUUUUUCUUUUUUGAAACAAAACAGUCCACCCACUUAUUGAUGAAAUACUCUAAUAUUUAUUAAUGCUACUUAUUUAAAUAAAGGCUGUUUUUGACAUAAGUAUGCGAUGUAAGUGUGAAUGUCAGUAAUUUGUCCACUUGUUGAUUAAACUGUAGUAGAAUGGGGUAGGUUAUGCUAUUUGUGUCUACAGUGAGGUGGCUGAAAAUGUUUUUAAUUCUUUUUUAAUGCUUUGCUGUUGCAAAAAAAAAAAUAAAAAAGCUCAAUGCUGGUUAAGUAUCUACAGGG